AUGAGCGAGCUCUUAUUGGUACGCUGCGCCUCUACAGGAAUAUGCCAACAUCCGAGUUGCCAACAUGCAGCUCCGAACAUCCCCGUUGUGACCUUGACCUAUCCUGUUUCUCUUCUUCACGGCUUUACUCACCUUGAGCACAGCGUAGUUUCUCGAAAUACUCGCCUGUAGCACUUGCUUCUUCUCAAAUUACUACGGAGAGCUUCAAAGUCCGACCUUGCGAAAUAUGCGGCGCAUCUUGUAUCUGGUCGGGUUCGCCUUGUUCUCUUCCGCAUAUCGUGUAGAAGACCCUGACUCCCCUCUCCGAAUAUGUCCCUUGCCGAGGUGUGACUGCCCCUCGAUUGAAAGGACUACUGCUCCCGCUGUUGGCAUCGCACUCGAAAUUGGCUAUGGGCAUGUUUAUCCUAUUAACCUCUGAUGUCAUUCCAUACACUAACAGGCCAUUUACUCUUUUAGUACAGCAUCAGUUAAAUACAACAACGGCACAAUCACACCCAUCGCUAAGAUAAGGGGUUCUUCACAAUAUGUUGAGCUCAUAAGGCACCUAGCAACUAGCCCUAUCCAGCGCAUGUCUGACGGUUCGCGGCUCCCCCCAGGUGUGGACGAGCAUGACAUUAGUACCAGAAAGAUUUGGAUUUGGUACAAAAUCAAGUGUUGGGUCCGCAAACUCUUGUUUCUACCUGCCACGCGAGAGAUAGGAGUCCUAGCAGACAUGGUCUGGCAGUUGCAUCAGGAAGCCGAAGCUGUUCUCGGAAAACGAGUAAAGGGAGUAGCAGCCUCGUCUCCCGACAGAGUCCGUCUCACGAGAUAUGAAAUCAAGGAUAUACUAGACUAUCUUUGGCUGGAAGACCUCGUCGGAGACAGGAAGAAAGUCUUUUUUGACCAAUUGUUCUCCAUGGCAGCCGCAACUGCUGGCUACUCCGAUGGUCUAUGUCCCAGUUAUACUGACGCCUAUAAAUGCGAGAAAGAGGAACACCAACUUCCCAGUCGAUGGAUCCUUCAAUUAGACUUCAGUCAUCAAAGUCUUAGUGGAGCAAUGGAUCUGAAAGGCACCGCAAGGCACCUCUGGGCCGACGCUGAAUUUGUAGAUUUUGCUUUAGGGGCAGAUCAUCGUCCACACGAAGACGACAGUGCAGAACAAGAGUACUGGGACAAGCUCGAGGCUCGGAUCCGGGAGUUCGUCGAAUCAAAUCACCGUCCGGAGAAGCUGUAUCUAACAGGGGAAGACGCAACAGAGCCACGCUUCCUAGAGGUGGUUAGGAACGCCCUUGCGGACCUUACUUCGCCGCCUGUCCUGGAGGUUCUCAAUCAUACCGUGUCAAUAGGUUCUGCUGAUAUUUUCCAGUUCGCGACCUCUAUGGGUGCAGCUGAGUUCGCGAAAAGGAGGCAGGAAGGCAUGGCAAACUGUCUUCUCCCAGAGCAGUGCCGAGGGAAAGCCCCUGAACGUAACACGGAGCUAUGAGAGACGCAAGAGCUGUAUGAGACAGGAAAGGUGUUUCGACAAUAAAGAAUUGUAGAAAAUAAUAUACUGCAAUUGAAUGGCAGAUUGUAUAACGUGUAUAAGUUCGUUUCUUUUCUACCCAACUCUAGUGCAAGAGGUGAAGUCGGACGAAGCCUGAUCGAAACCUUGGGAACUAUGUGGUUGCUAUCAAGGCAUGUCAGGGGCACAUCUUGACUAGAACAGAGUCUCUUUGUGUUAUUAUAACAGGCUAUACAAAUCAAAUAAAGCUAGUCUUAAGUGUUACAAAUGACAUGCACCUUUCCCUUUGA